GAGCAACUCAACAUGGCGGCUGCAAGUGAGAGAAAUGGAAGUGGGCAAAGCUUGGAAGAUCUCCUGGAUAACGAAGGCACAACAGCUGGAGCUCUCGUUUUGACCGCUUUUAUGACCACAGCAACUCAGCCACUAACAUGUGUUCGACUUCUGAUGCAGGUAAUAGACUAUAAAUGUCAAAUGACUCAGUUACAUUUCACUCAAUUGAUACUUUACCGGCGCCCAAAGUUCAACUCAGUGUUUGCGUGACAUCUCUUAGUAUUCAUAUUUCUAUCCUGCAGAACCUCCUACCUUCGUUUUAACAGGGAUUUUUUGAUACGAAAGUAAAAAUAUUGGCUUCUUUCCACAUCAAUGUUUAAAUAUUCAUGAGAAGGAACAAAUGCAUGUGGCCGAUGGGUGUUCACUGAACUAAAGGCUGAAUGAGGACAAAUGUCCACAGGAGACAAAACGUUCUCCAUAAAUGAAAAACAAAGCUCUUUCUUCUUACUGGCUCUGAAAAUAUCAUCAAGGAUAAAAGAUGCAAAAAUUCCAAGUGAGGGAGUGGUUGCUUUAUUGCAAUAUAAUGGGUUCUAUGAAGUCAGGGAAGAGGGGGUUAGUGAGGGCAGUAGAGUGCAUAGUAAUGUGAUCAACGUGAUCAUGGCAAAAAGAACAGCCAGAGUUUGUAGAUAUUAACCCUUUACACCCUGACAUCAGUAUCCAUUUUCUCCAUACUCUUCUCAUAUGUUUCUUUUGGUACUGACAAGAAGAAUUCAUCUGAAGAUCAAAGCUUCUCAUGUUGGCAAUCAUAUCCUUUAUUGCCAUGAUCUUAAUGAAUGGUUUACCAGUAUUACUGUAAGGAGAAAUUAGAUGUUGGUCACUCUUAGGGCUUAAAGGAUUAAGUAGAAGUCUACUCUUCUGGUGGUCUUUGUUUUGAAUCAGAAAGGUCUCUUAUUUAGGUUCAGUUCAGAUGUUGCACCACUCAUGAUCUAAGCCUUACUAAUGAAUUAUAGCAUCAUUUUAAUUAGGGUAAUAUGGCAGGUUUGUUUGGUUUGGUGCUCAAUAUCAGAUCAGCAAAGGCUGGCUUAUUUCCUGACAUUAGAUAAGUAUUUUGGCAAUUGCCAUGAUCGUCUCAAGUACUGAACUUUGUCAAUCUUUUAUACUCUAACAUCAGUAUCCAUAUUCCUUUAUACAUUUCCUUUGAUACUGACAAGGAGAAUUCAUUUAGCAUUUAAAACUUCUUAGUUUGGCAAUUAUUUCUUAUAUUCUCAUUUAUAGGGUUUUAAUGCCCCUUUAAAAUAGACAUCUUUACAACGACAUCAUUUUUCUCUCUUUUCAGAUUAAUGUAGUUGUACAAUUUGUUUCAGUUGCCCUCCCAAAGUCUAAGCAGAAAUGUACUUAAUAAGAGGAGGCUUAGAACUUGGGUGGCAAGGCAUUGUAAAUGGAAAGUUAUUCUACAGGUCAUUUUCACUGAUCACCUGAAUUGUAUUUUACUUAAUACUUUUAGUUACUGAGUGUUUGAAAUGAAAUUAUUUUUGUGUUAAGGUUGGACAUGAACCAAUUUCUCCAACUGAGUCCACAACAUUUUUAGGAACUAAGGUCCUGAGAUUACCAAGUUUUUUCCAAUAUGGUAAGGAAUUUAAGGAGAUGAUUUUCAUUCUUUUUUAAUCAUUAUCAUUAUUCAUUAAAAGACAUAUUAAAAAAUACUAUUACCAGUACAUUAAAAAUUACUCAUAAGCUUUAAGGAGAUUGAUACAUGGCUGGCCUUGUGUCUGCAAUUAAAGGAAUCAAAUAAAGCAGUUACAAUCAGAUGUUGAAAGCAAUCUGGGAUUGUCUCUUUUUCACUUUACUUCUUCCUGUGAUUGGUCUGAAAAACUCUUGUCACCCUCUCAACCAAUCAGAUGCAAAACUGAAACUAAUGUCGACUUUCUCACUUGCAUUUUCCUACACUUCCAGCAGUAUGCUUUGUUCACUUCAAGUUCUGAUUUGGUCCCAUGUGAUAUUCACUUUAGGUUCUGAUAAGUCAUUUUCAGAUCACUUGUUUGUUUUGGUAAUACAGCUACAGUGAAAAAGCACUAUAUUUUUUUGGUCAGCAUGUGAAGAUGACAACACAAUUUCUAGUUGAUAAUAUGUAUUUGUAAAGAGUGCAGAGGCAAUCUAUUAUUAUAAAAAAAUAUAAAAGCAAGAUACUGGUAAUCAAGAAAAGUAACAUAUAUGUUUAGGUUUCUUUACUUUUUACCUCCUUAUCCUGCAGCAAGUCAUGUAAAGAAGAUAAAUGGAUGGAGGGGACUCUACAGAGGAUUGUUACCAAGGUAAGCUUUGUAUGCUUUGGUUUCCAAAGCAAAAACAAAAAGUCAUGCAAAUUUGUUUGUGUGGGAUUAGUUUCUAGUAAGACACCCAGUGUUUUAAGGUGACUCCUCAGUAUUGUACUGUGCAUACCGGGUGUAUAAAAGUCACCUCAUCAGGGAACAUGGUAUUGUUUUUCAAUAAAUGGACCAGGUAAAGAGAUUCAAUUGUCUUUGGCUCUUAAACCAGUGCAGUGAGCUAUAUCUUUUAUUGCAUAAUUUUGGUGUACAAAUCAUCCCAUUUAAAUUUGAGAAAUUAAAAGAAAAUUAAUAGAAGGGAAAACUCGAUGAUGCAAGUUAUGACCUUGAAAGCAAUGACUUUUGGAACACUUUGUCAUUUAAAAUUACAGGAUUUUUCCUCAAAUUAUGUAUCAAAUUGUUCUAUAUACUCAAGAAUUUCUACCCAUGAAGUUUUUUUCAAGUUUUACUUUAAAAACCCUUGCCUCUGGCUAUCUCAAAAUGUAUUGUGAACCAAUGAAAUGAUGCACAUGAUUAGUGCCUGUACAGGCAUAAAUGGGGUAAGUUUGGCUCAUCAUAUCUAUUACACAAGCAUAGUGACCUAUCUUUUGAAAUGUAUUUUUCCGAACAGACAUUGGUAGGUUUCUUUUCUGAGGAAUCACUUUAAAAAUGACUAGUGCAUUAGCAACCAGUUUUAGAAGUCUGCAUUCAAAACCUGGCUGGGUCAUUGUGUUGUGAUCCUGGGCAAAACAAUUUAACCUAACAGUACCUCUCUCCAGCUAGGAGUAUGAAUGGAUGGUGGUUAAUUAUUAGGGAAGCUCAAUGAAAUAAAGAGGGGGGUGUAACCUUGAGAUGGACUAGCAUCCAAUCCAGGAGCGAAUAGUAAUAUUCCUUGUGGCUUCAUGCUAUGGAAACAGGGAUAAGCUGCACCUGGAUGGGCCACUUGGCUCAAGUACAAAUUUUUUUUAGUCUCUAGUGGGAUCAGUUGUCAUUAUUUCUGUCUAAUUUCUGUGAAAAAAAAAGAAGGGGUUAAAAGUAGAUUGAUUCAAAUGUUGAUAUUCUUAAGUGCUCUCACUGUGUCUCCACAUGAAAGCAUUGGGCCUUAGUUUGUUCAACAGUAGCAAAAUAUUUUGCAAAGUGUAGGAUGCAUUUUUGUAUGUUGAAGUAUCUCCUCUCCUUGUGGCUUGUGUGAGGUGAAAUUCCCUCUAAUCUCUCAGGUAAUUUUCAUCAAUUUUGGGAAACUUUAUUUCUGGUAUUACAUUGAUUGUUCUGCUAUAACUGUUGUCAGGGUCUACUCAUCAAUGAUUGGAACUCUUGUAAACAAUACACUGCUGCAGGUAUUACCAUUAAUUCACUUUAAUUAUGAUGCAGUUAAAUGCAAUUUAACGAAGUUAACAACAAAGAGCAUUAGCGUUCUCUAGUAGUCAGCAGUUUUUUGCGUAUACGCAUAUGUCUGAAUUCCAUGUGCUGUUUAUUUGAGGUAUUCUUGCAUGCGCUUUGAGUGUAAACUUGCUGCAUUGUGAGGAGUGCCAGCUCAUCAUCCAGGCAGUUUUUCCUACCCCUUCCCUCCCUCUUUCCACUGUUUAUUCAGUGUGACAGGUGCCUGUUUCCCUGUGUGGGGGCUCAUGGCUGGGUUGUCAGGAUUUGCCAGCCAUGGUCUCCAUCUAGGAGCUGGCUGCCAAUAGUGGAAGCUCCUGGAUGUUUCAGGCACCCAACCUCCACUUAAUGAUGCAGUUGUUAAAUUUGUUUACUGCAUUCCUUCUAAAGUUUGAUUUUUCCAAAGUGUAAUUUGAAUUUUGUACCUUACAUCAAUUGUGAUAUAAUCUUAUGUGAAUUGUGUGUUGAAUAGGCUAUGGGUAAAAAAGACAAUGCCCUUGUCCCACUGGUUCCUCCAGAAAAUAAGGUGGGUUUGCCACUUUUUUAUUGUAUGUUAUAUUUUUUUUUUCAUCUUAAUUAGAAUGAUUUGAAUUGUACAGCUCUGUAUGUUAAUCUUUUUUCUCUGUAUAUUCUUGAAAUUUUAGAGCAGGCAAGAAGAAUUGUUAGAGUUUGUCGAGGAGGUAUUUCAAACAAUUUUGCUCUUACUUUUUGCUUAAAUGGGGGAAUCUGACUUUUUAGAAAAUAUAUUAAGCACAAUGGUUUGUACAUCAAACUCUGGACUGAGGAGUAUGGGUAUGGGUUUUACCUUUGAAUAACUCUUUACACCCUAACAUCAAUAUGCAUAAUUGCCAUACUGUUCUCUAUUCAUUUCCAAGGGUGCUGGAUGAGAGAAUUUGUUUAAUAAUCAAUAGCUUCUUUUGUUGGUGAUGAUUUCCUUUAUUCUUUUGACAUUAAUAUUUGAUUCAGGGUGAUAUUGUAAGGAGAAAUUAGAUGCUAGUCACUUUUACGGGUUGAUGGGUAAAGGGGGUCUCUGACAAACUUUACUACAGUAACCUCUCAGUCAAUGUAUGUAUUGAUCAAAGGAAUAUAAAUGAUUACCUGUAAACUGUUAGGAAAACAUGGUGGAUUGCAGGGUGGAGGGUAUUGAACAAUGGAUCAGGAUCAUAUUCAUACAGUACCACUUGCGUAUAUGUUAACUGCACAGAUGAAUUUCAUAUGCUCUGACACAGGGUAGUCAGACACGUAUAUAUAAUUUUUUUGCAUGCAUGGCCAAAAAAAAUGCGUGAUUCAUGUGCCUUUGUUAUUCAGUGCUAUAAGUUUCCUUUGUAUUUCAUUGUUGUAUGAAACAAAGGACUUCUAGAUUUGAAAAAGCAGUGAGUAGACAAUGGAAAAUUUACAUAAUGAAAAAAGCUGUCACAUGUAGUAUUUUAGUGCUUUUGAAUUGUAGCCUAUUCUUUAAAACAAUAAACUGCCAAAAACAGUAAAACAAAAGGACUACCUCAGACAUACUAAUGAGGUUGAUGUUUGAAAGUCAUGUGUGCACGUGCGAUUUUUUGAUGCGCAAUUACAUGCGAUUUUUGGCAUGUUUAAUUUGCGAUUUCGGUCAACGUAUACGUGAGCGGUGCUGUAGGAAAUAUUCAUACUCUUGGUUGAUUUAUGUGUCAGAAAAAAGGAUAUUAAGUACUAUAGGCUGGUCUGGGUCACUUACCUCCAUGUUGAUGUUUAAACUAACAUAUUUUUUUCUAUUAAGACCUGUGUACAGACUGUGGCAAAAUGCAGUGGUAUCAUUAUCAGUCACCCAUUUUAUGGUAAAGUAACAAAACUGUGCCUUAGAUCAUAAUGGCUUGAAUUUCAAUUGAAUAUGAGACAUUCAAGGCUAUUAAUUUCUAGAUGACAAAGUUAAAGGAGAUAAGUGGUCUAUAAUUGUUGUAAUUUGUAUUAUUUUUAAUUAAUUUAUUUAUUAAUUUAUGUUUUUAGCAAAUUUUGAUAGACCACUGACACCUCUCCUAUUUAAUUUCUAGUGAUCUCAGUCAGAAUGAUGGUUCAGUUCGUUGGUCAAGAAACUAUUUACAGGUCAGUUCUUUUCUCACAAUCCACUAAAUUAUAUUUCAUCUCUAUUUGACAAUUUUUAAAUUUUAAGAGGUCACCUCUUUUGAAUUGGCUGAUUUUCUUAAAAUUUACUCACUUUCCAAAUUCAACUUACUAUUUGGAAUUGUAACAGCAAAUGUUUCAUUGAUUUAAACUUUUAACUCCCAACAUUUGAUUGUUAAAUCUCCCCUCCAGCUGCAACACAUCAUUGUGAAUUAGUUAUGAGACUUUGGUGGAAGAUCAGGAUAACGACUUCCCCCUGAUAAUUUUAAAUAUUCUCAUUACCUGUUUGCUGGAUAAUGUAUAGAGAUUAUAGGGAGAAGUUACAUGUUUUUCACUUCUGGGAGUUCUGAUAAGUUGAAUGUUCCUUUCAUUACUUGCAUGUGCCAAUCAUGGACAAGAACAUGUACAUUUUUAUCUUAUUGCCUGUGAUAACAAAUCUGUUUUCAGUGGACUACGUGCAUCAGUCAAAGAGAUCUAUAACAAUGAAGGACUUGCUGGUUUUUUUAGGUAGGAAAUAUCAGAUGAUAGAAUAGUUUUAUGAAUUUGUUAUUAAUAAAUGAAUAUUCUGUUACUGAAUAACUAUGGAGUUAAAAUUAAGAAAACUUUAAGUUAUAUGUAUUAUGUUUUUUAUCCUUUGUUACUAUGAUUUGAAUUAUAGUAGUUUGUUAAUCAUUAGUUUUUUCUAAGUGGGAUAAUUGUAAAAUUAAAUCAGCAUUAGCUUUCAUUCUUGGUUGAAAGUCAAUCAUAUGCAAUCAAGAGGUCCAGGCACAAAAUGUAGCUUGAAUAAAAGAAGUGUUACUUUUAAUUAGAAAUUUCUCGUUCAGCAGGUGCUUUGCUUUAUUCAAUAGUAACUAUUCACAGUGAUAGUUGCAUUGCAAAGAAGAGUUUAGUGGCUAAUGGUAAGAAAUAAUUCAAUUGCAAAUCACUUAACAAUAGCAUUUAAUCAAUGUCUUGUUGAAUGUCAUCUCUUGGUGUCAACAGUGGUAUCAUUCCUCGUCUUGUUGGAGAAGUCCUGUCCCUUUUGUUAUAUCGAGGAGCUUGCUUCUUGAUCAGCAAAUAUGCUAUUGACAGUGAGGUGAGUAUAAACAAAUAAAAAAUUUUAUGAUUUAUAUGUGCUUUUUUUACUAGAUGCAUAUCUGCCUGUAAUCAAGGGCUUAAAAAUGAUAAAAUCAAGGCACAGUCUUCACAUGUUUUUCAUGCCUUCAUUGUACUUCACAUGAAAAUUUCACAUGCAUGCCAAAUUUGCCAUGUUGAAGGCAGGUUAAAGGCAUUUGAAAGGCAAGUGAAAGAUAUUAUACCUUCUACAUAGUGUUUUCACUCACAUUUUAAACAUUUCUUGAAGCUUACUUCAUACAAAACUUAGAAUUGCAAUGUGCAUGUACUUUACAAUCUUGGUAGUGGUUUGUGAUUCAAGAUGAACAAGUGCUUUAGAGGUAGAGUGAGGUGUAACAUGUUACACCUCACUCUACCUCUAAAGUACUUGUUAUUGAUUUUGAAGACAAAAAAAACUCUCAAGUAGCAGGGUAAUGCAACUGACUAGCUGUUCAGUUUGAUUCAUGCUGUGAUAUCAGUAGUUAAUAUUAUUUGUAUUCAGUUUUGUCAGCAAGUUAAUGUGAUAAGUAAUAGUAUGCCUUAAUGAACCUGCCAAUAAAGAUGAAGUGAUUUGUAAAUUUGCAGGUCAGCAGAAGAAAAGAAGUACAAGUGUAUACAAAUGGACUUUUCCAGGUAGCAUGCCUGAUAGACAUCUUUAACUUGCUCAGACAAUUUAUUACAAUCAUCUUUUAUUACUAAAUCAUAUUAUUGUGCAAACUAACCUAACCUGAUUUACAUUUUUCCAUGAUAUUUCUAAGUGUGAUUAGGAUUAACUCAUGACUGAUGUGUGUUGAAUCUGAAUAUAAAGUUGUCAAAAAAUUGAAUUAUUUUCAAUUUAACCCUUUAACUUCCAUUAGUGACCAAGACAGAAUUUUUCCUCACAAUAUCAAUACAAUAUCAACCAGAUAAGUGAUGAGAAUAAAGAAAAAUAUCAAUUUGGGGAUAAUUAGUUGAUUCAAUACUAAAUUCUCUGAACUCACAUGAUAAGAAUUGUAUGGUUGACAAUGAGGAGAAUUACAAAUUUGAUCUGGGAGUUAUAGAGUUAAAGGCUACAUAUUGUUUUUUGUUUAUUUUGCAGUAUGCUGCUGGAGUUGUAACCUAUCCAUUUGUGUUGGUUUCACACAUGAUGAUUGUCAAUAAUGUUGGGUGAGCUUUACUUUAUAUACUGAACACAAAUUUGAAAAUUAAGCUAUCUUUUAAUCAGUGUCUUUCAGAGCAAAGCCAGAAAAAUAAUACAAAAACAUUAUUAUGAUAAAAUAACUUUUAGUACUCAUGGAAAAAUAUAAGAUGAGUGGUGUUUUGUGUUUGUUAACAAAUAAUGAUAUAUACAGCUCUGGAGUAUAAGAAUUAGUCUUAAAAUAGAAUUUUAUAUAUGGCAUUUAUACUUGGAUAUGAAAUGAGAGACCAGAGGCAAAGAAUGAGACUUUUCUCCAACUCGUGUCCUUCAGUGGGUCAACCUAUUGCCUCUUUAAGCCUGUUUUCAGGCUAUCUAUAUUUAAUCCUGCUUGCAGGCUAUUUAUAUCAAAGCCUACUGUAAACCUGUAGGUUAUUUAUAUAUGGAAAGAUUGCUGUUACACUACAAAAAGAGUUUAGAUUUACAAUGCUUAGAGUUAUUUAGGUUUGAACUGAGUAUGCUUUUAGACAGUCAUAUUUUCCUUGGCAUUUUUCUUUAGCCUGGCUGGUGGAAAGCCUCCUGCAAUGCCAGUGUUUGAUGGGUGGAGAGAUUGUUUUAGUUAUCUGAAAAAAACGGUGAGUUGCAGUUGAAGAAAUUGAUGAAACAUUUCAAAUAUAUCUUCUAUGUAGCCGUAAGCUUAAGUGCAGAUCGGCUAGAUCUAGUGUGUGGUGUAAACAUAGAGCAGCUUUUAGUUGAGCAGGAUGUUGCAACCCCUUUCUAAUGUUUUAGAUGUAUAUUAAUUUAUUAUCACCAACUUUAUUCAUAAUCUUUCUUUACAAAUGGUGUGUAUUAAGGAUUUCUUACAGAUUCUUAAAAUUUUUAAUUAUUAUCCCUUUCUUUUAGGGGAACUUGUGGCGUGGAUCUAGCAUGUUUCGAAGGACUGUUCGUAAAGUAUCAGGGAUGUAAAUUACAGGGCAGGCAAACAGCAGUGCAACUACAGACCAAGAAAUGCAAAUAAUACUAGCAAAAGAAUGUACAGUUAGACUGAAUUGUGAAGAAGUGUCAGUGCAUUACAUUGAAGUGCUUUUAGAUCUCUUAAUAGAAGUAGCCUUUGAUGAAUGCAAUCAGUGCAGGGUUCUAUUUUUGCCAUAAUAAUUAAGAGUAGUGAAGUGUAUGUUUUUUAUAGCUUUUGUUUUUGAGAACACUAGUAUAAUUGCCCUGAGAUCAAUGAGAAUUUGUGCAAACUUGUUGUGGUAGUAAAAAUUACAGUUUAAAUGUUACAGCUGUUUCAUGUUUAACUUAUCUUUAGGACAAGAGGAGGACUAUUGUAUGUGUAUGGAGGGAAAGUCAGGGUUGUAGCUAACAGAAAAUCCUUAAAAUAUCAAAAUGAUACCAAGCAGAAAAGUGGCAGGAAUAAUGGAAAUGUCAAUAAUGUGAUUCCUUGGUGAUCCAAUAUCAAUUUCCCUGAACUAAUAUAAUAAGAAUUGUAUGUCAGACAGUUAAGAGAAUUAGUAACAAGAUUGUGGGAGUGGAAAGGUUUAACAACAGUCUGAAUGCAGAAUUUCACCUAGUUAUGACUUGGGGAAAAGAAAUUACAAUUGAUCCAAAAUUGGUUUAUUUUUCAGGGUUGCCGUCAGGGUUAUCUGCAUCACCUAAACUUUUAGCAACGUGUAAGAAGAAUAGCAUUUUAGCCACUCCACCCCCCAUUACUGAGGCUUAAUUUUCCUGGCACAAUUAGCAUGCACCUUUGUUUUUUAAUCACUAUACAUAGUUCUUGCUGUUUUAUCAAAGCCCAGUCCUUAAAAAUCUGGUAUUUUAGAGAGACUGAGAUUAUUGUGGUUACAUCAAGUUUAUGUCUACACAGAGUUUUUGAAAACCAAACUGAAGGUUUCUGAAGGGAUCCAAGUUAAUUUUGUGUGUAUGAGAGUAAUGCAAAUUUUUCCUAUUGAAUCCUCUUAGUUUGGAUACCUGUGAACAGAAAAAAGCCAAUUCCAACAUGCUUCAUGUGCAUGCAUACCGUAUUGAAUGGAAACAGAAAAUAUCACUCUUCAAUUUUGAAAACAUCCCUUGUUGUAGACAAGGUCCCCAACAUACAAGUUGAUAAUUUCUUAAUCAACUGCAAGCUUGACAGAAAUAAUCUUGAGGGGAGAAAAUGCCCCCUUACAAUUGGUCAUCCCUGCCAAGGGAGAGUUACAAAUAAUAUAACCUGGAAAUUGCAAUAAAUUAAUCACUACAUGUAGUGGUUCUAUGUUUUUUCAAUUAUUUCAAUUUAUCAAUCAAGAAUUGGGACACAGGGU